AUGAUAUUAGGUGUGGAUGUCCUUGCCGGCAUUGCAGAGAGAUUGGUAGAAGAGGGGAAUGAACGUGCUGUCUGUCUGUGGUAUGCCGCCCACCCGCGAACGAUGUUGUCUGUUAUUUCCACACCGACUGGCAGGCGAAGAGCCGGUCGACGAUUUCCCUCCGUUGAGGACACCGGCGAUAUUGUGGUUGAGUUGAAUGUUUUACAAUCUGGCGUGCAACUGAAUGCUUAUGAAUCUGCGGUACCCGUCCCUGUUGUGCUGUCGCAGUUAGCGCUUCUCACAGCUGUGAUCAAACGACCCUCACGUGUGCGUAUAAGUUGCAAGAAUGUACGAGUGCUGGAGGAACUUCUUCUUUCUGCACAGAACUUAUCAAAUGAUACUCUUAUUAUGAACAUUAUAACGUUAGAAACCGUUGAUUUUAGUAUCUUGCUAGAGCGGUAUAAGAGAGGGACAGGAAAGAUACUUGAACCGCUUCAAAGUGUGGAACAUCUCACAAUAUGUGGCCGUCGUGAGAUGGAUGGGAAGUUGAAUGGUAUAUGUGAAUUGAAAAAUCUUAAAACUCUUAUUACUUUGAAUACAAAGGUUUUUUCAUUAUUACCACUACGAGGAAUGAAAAAUUUAUCUGAUAUUAAUAUUCGUGAUUCAUCUAUUUCUGACAGUGAUAUCAAUAUAUUGGGUCAACUUGUGCAAUUACGUCGCCUUAUAAUUGAUUCUUGCAAUGGAAUAACCAGUCUGACUUCAUUAUCUAAUCAUCCAUCUCUGCGAUACUUCUCUGCCGCAAGCUGUCGUAAUCUUCGUUUAGUCAGUGCCCUCGCAUCUAUAGCGACACUGGAUUAUGUAAAUCUCUCACAUACAGCAGUGAAACCUGAUGAGUUGUUGGAAUGCAUACAGGGACUUCAAUCUGUUAAAUUUCUCACACUUGAUGGACUUCGUCUUCCUAAUAUGCAAGAACGGCUAUGGAAUAAGGAUAAUCUUCGGUUCCUUUCUUUAAUACGGGUGAUUACUUCAUAUUUUGAUUGGAUUAUAGCGGCACGAUGUUUAGCUGAACUUUGCUUGGACUCUACAGGAGUUACGGAGAAACAGUUAUCUGUUGUUUGUGAGUCGUUAUUGUACCUAAGGGUACUGUCAGUUUGUAAGUGUUUAUCGUUGAAAACAUCACUUUCUUUUCUUUUGCCUCUGAUGUACAUGCGUACGGUGAGAAUAUCGCACCCGAGUUUAAGGGAUGACAGUGUUGUUCCGAUAUUACGUGAGCAUGGAGUGCAGUGUCUCAUUUAUUAA